UGGAGGCCGCCGCCUGACAUAGCGGUUAUCAAUCGCCCCUCGACCGUAGAUUCAUCUGAUUUAAAUAUUCGGCUUCAUCACCGCAAAGGCCCCGUCCGAACUCUGAAAUUCCUACACUCACGCACAACAAGCAUCCAUGCCUUCUGUCGUCGCAAAUACUGCCGGGUCAAAUGGAACCACCAAGCCAUGGAGAGCGGUCGAAACCGUGGGCAUCCCCCCGAGAACGACCUUCGCUUUCGACGCUAUGGAGGAUGCUCUGGCGGCGUUUGAGGCCGGAGAGUUUCUGGUGGUCAUGGAUGAUGAGAAUCGAGAGAACGAGGGCGAUCUCAUAAUUGCUGCAGCCCACUGCACGACCGAAAAAAUGGCAUGGAUGAUCAAACACACCAGUGGCUACAUCUGCAUCGCACUCCCAGGGGACAGACUAAAGGAGCUCGACAUCCCGAUGAUGGUUCCGGAUAACCAGGAGAGACAUCGUACCGCAUACACGGUCACGGUCGACUACAAACACGGAGUGACCACCGGGAUCUCUGCGGGAGACCGAAGCCGCACCGCCCGGGCUCUCGCCUCUCCGUCUUCCGUCCCGGCGGAUUUUACACGUCCGGGCCACAUGGUGCCCCUGCGUGCGGUGGAAGGCGGCGUUUUGGCACGAAAGGGCCACACGGAAAGCGGGGUCGAUCUGUGCCGGCUCACGAAGCUGCCUCCCGCAGGUGUGCUGUGCGAACUCGUGAACGACGAUGCGCAAGGGACGAUGGCUCGCCGCGACGACUGCAGGGCGUUCGCCGAUCGCUGGGGGCUUAAAAUGAUCAGUGUAGAGAUGCUGGCCGAGUGGAGGAGGACACAUUGAUCCCAAGCUAAGAAAUAUUUAUGAUCCAAUUUAUCAAUAAGGCGAAAAUCCACAUGUAGACGUCGCAUACGAACUUAAUCGGAAUUUAUGCUUUGCUUGGGGUCUUUCCAAGGGACCACCCGACCUGCAGCUAGUAGUCUCGACGGGGACCGCGGAGUUCGAAACGAGAUCAUCGUCGAAUCUGCCGCGCUCCAUGAGCAUCUUUGACAGCAAACAGGCACGCAGCUUACGCAAUGACGCCCUUGGGGAAAAGGACCACAACGGUGCUUCCGCCGUACGCAAAAUACCUGUAGAAAGGAAAUGAAUACCACUCAGAUAUGCUUCGACAAUGCGCGCACCCCAGUUCUUCGCCUUGCUUGAUCGUCUCUCCUGGCUCGCCGCCAUUCGUCCAACGGAUGCUUCCAACCAGAAGCGCACCAAUCGCAACGAAAGCAACGGGGAGGCCGGUACCGCUGUGAGUUAGAUAGAGAACCGAACGGGAGUUGGCAGUGAACACAUCGAAACCGGGUUCGUUCACCGCCUGUGGAUUCACGGUGUAAUACUGUCCGGGAAUGUGCACCGUCUCCCCAACGGUACCGUCCAACGGGGAGUGGAAGCGGUGGUAAUCAGAUGGUGCAAGACGGAAGAUAGCCAGACUGGAUCCUUCAAAGGUGAUAGCCUUCUCGGAGUUUGGCUCGACGCCAAGCAAAUUGGGAACGGUGAACUGGCGACCUGUACAUGGCCAAAUGAGACGCGGAGAGGAGCAGGGUGGAGUUGCAGUGACCUUUGACCCAGAAUUCUUUGGCCAGAUCAAUACUAGGAUAAACAGUCAAGCGGCAGUCUGCUGCGCUGCAGAAGGCCGAGGAGUCCCCAGGAUGGGCAACAGGUCGUGCGUCAGAUUUGAGUUUGCGAAAGAAGAACUCAUUGAAGGUCUUGUAUUUGGAGAGAUCGGGCUCGAGCAACUCGUCAGUGCUGAGUUCAUACGUCUUCACGAAGGAGGCGAUGGAAGCCGUCGACUCGGGGCUGUCAUAUACUUUGCCCUCCUGAUCAACUCGGUGAGUCAAGAGAAAGGGCCAGUGUUGGGAGUGCCUGACCUUGAUUGACUGUUCCCGAAGAAGAUCCUCGAUGUGCUGCCAGUGAAGGACCUUGAUCUGGCCGCUACCGUAGAACAGGAGGUGCAUCCCGAUUCUACGACCAGGUUUAAUUGACGCUUGAGCAUACAUCACACACACCGAACCUGGCAUAGAUGGGCAUGGCUUCGAAGAUCUGGUCCUUCGAGCCACGAAUGGCGACGAAGUUGCCAAUGUGAUAGGCAUUGGCAAGUUUCUCGAUACCCGGUAUGAGCUUGUGAAUCCACGGAAUGGAGAAGAUGGUGUGAGAGCUGGCAUGAAUCCCCUGGGAUACAUCCGUGUGGUUCGCACUAUGGUCGACGAGAGCCACAAGCCCCUCUGCAGCCUGGUCGGAGGUGAGAUGAGGAAGGGUGUUGUUUUCCGGGUGGAUGUUCUCGAUGGGCUUUUCAGGAAGCGGCAUGUCGUCUUCAGAGAUGUUGGUGGCGCGAGAGAAGGGGUAUAAGGAAGCGAGGCAAGACGCCAUACUUAA